CCGGCGAGGUGCGGCCUCCGCACGGGCGGGGGGCAGCGACACCGCGGGCUCGCCAUGGCCGCGUCCGAGCUCUACACAAAGUUUGCCAGGGUUUGGAUACCAGAUCCUGAGGAAGUUUGGAAGUCAGCAGAGCUACUCAAAGAUUAUAAGCCUGGAGAUAAAGUCCUAUUGCUUCACCUUGAGGAAGGAAAGGAUUUGGAAUAUCGUCUAGAUCCAAAGACCAAGGAGCUGCCUCACUUAAGAAACCCUGACAUACUUGUGGGUGAAAAUGACCUCACAGCCCUCAGCUAUCUUCAUGAGCCUGCUGUGCUUCACAAUCUCAGAGUCCGGUUUAUUGAUUCCAAACUUAUUUAUACAUAUUGUGGUAUAGUCCUAGUUGCUAUAAAUCCUUAUGAACAGCUGCCUAUUUAUGGAGAAGAUAUUAUUAAUGCAUAUAGUGGUCAGAACAUGGGUGAUAUGGAUCCACAUAUCUUUGCAGUAGCUGAAGAAGCUUACAAGCAAAUGGCCAGAGAUGAACGAAAUCAGUCCAUCAUUGUAAGUGGGGAGUCUGGGGCAGGAAAAACAGUCUCAGCUAAGUACGCCAUGCGAUAUUUUGCAACUGUAAGUGGUUCUGCCAGUGAAGCCAAUGUUGAAGAAAAGGUCUUGGCCUCCAACCCCAUCAUGGAGUCAAUUGGAAAUGCCAAGACAACCAGGAAUGAUAAUAGCAGCCGUUUUGGGAAGUAUAUUGAGAUUGGUUUUGAUAAGAGAUAUCGAAUCAUUGGUGCCAAUAUGAGAACUUACCUUUUAGAGAAAUCCCGAGUGGUGUUCCAGGCAGAAGAGGAAAGAAACUAUCAUAUCUUUUAUCAGCUUUGUGCCUCAGCGAAGUUACCUGAAUUUAAGAUGCUGCGAUUAGGAAAUGCAAAUGACUUUCAUUACACAAAGCAAGGGGGCAGUCCUGUGAUCGAAGGAGUCGAUGAUGCCAAGGAGAUGGCACAUACGAGGCAGGCUUGCACUUUGCUGGGAAUUAGUGAAUCUUAUCAGAUGGGAAUUUUCCGAAUACUUGCUGGCAUUCUUCACUUAGGCAACGUUGGAUUUACGUCUCGAGAUUCUGACAGCUGCACAAUACCUCCCAAGCAUGAACCUCUCAGCAUCUUCUGUGACCUCAUGGGUGUGGACUAUGAGGAGAUGUGCCACUGGCUCUGCCAUCGGAAGCUGGCUACUGCCACGGAGACAUACAUCAAGCCCAUCUCCAAGCUGCAGGCUACGAAUGCCCGCGAUGCUUUGUCCAAGCACAUCUAUGCCAAGCUCUUUAACUGGAUUGUCGAUCAUGUCAAUCAGGCUCUCCAUUCUGCUGUCAAACAGCACUCUUUUAUUGGCGUGCUGGACAUUUAUGGAUUUGAAACAUUUGAGAUAAACAGUUUUGAACAGUUUUGCAUAAAUUAUGCAAAUGAAAAACUACAGCAACAAUUCAAUAUGCAUGUCUUCAAAUUAGAACAAGAAGAAUAUAUGAAGGAACAAAUUCCAUGGACUCUCAUAGAUUUUUAUGAUAAUCAGCCUUGCAUUAAUCUUAUAGAAUCUAAACUGGGCAUUCUAGAUUUGCUGGAUGAGGAAUGCAAAAUGCCAAAAGGUACAGAUGACACUUGGGCUCAAAAAUUGUACAACACACAUUUGAACAAAUGUGCACUCUUUGAAAAGCCCCGUCUAUCAAACAAAGCUUUCAUCAUUCAACAUUUUGCUGACAAGGUGGAAUACCAGUGUGAAGGCUUUCUGGAAAAGAAUAAAGACACUGUUUUUGAAGAACAAAUUAAAGUUCUUAAAUCAAGCAAGUUUAAGAUGCUACCAGAAUUAUUUCAAGAUGAUGAGAAGGCCAUUAGUCCAACCUCAGCCACCUCUUCAGGACGUACACCCCUCACCCGCAUUCCUGCGAAGCCCGCCAAAGGUCGACCAGGCCAGGCAGCCAAGGAGCACAAGAAAACGGUGGGGCACCAGUUCCGAAACUCCCUUCAUCUGCUGAUGGAGACCCUCAAUGCCACUACCCCUCAUUAUGUGCGCUGUAUUAAGCCCAAUGAUUUCAAGUUCCCAUUCACGUUCGAUGAGAAGAGGGCAGUGCAGCAACUGAGAGCAUGUGGUGUCCUGGAAACCAUCCGAAUCAGCGCGGCAGGUUUCCCCUCUCGGUGGACUUACCAAGAAUUUUUCAGCCGCUACCGUGUCCUAAUGAAGCAGAAAGAUGUGUUGAGUGACAGAAAGCAAACAUGUAAGAAUGUGUUAGAGAAGUUGAUCCAGGACAAGGACAAAUACCAGUUUGGUAAGACAAAGAUCUUUUUCCGUGCCGGUCAAGUGGCCUACCUAGAAAAACUGAGGGCCGACAAGCUGAGGGCUGCCUGUAUUCGGAUCCAGAAGACAAUCCGAGGGUGGCUGCUGCGGAAGAAGUACCUGCGCAUGCGGAAGGCAGCCAUCACUGUGCAGAGAUAUGUGCGAGGCUACCAGGCCCGAUGCUACGCUAAAUUCCUGCGCAGAACCAAGGCAGCAACCAUCAUUCAGAAGUACUGGCGCAUGUAUGUAGUCCACAGGAAGUACAAAAUUAAACGAGCUGCGACUAUUGUUCUUCAGUCUUAUUUGCGAGGUUACUUGGCCAGAAAUAGGUAUCGCAAGAUACUCCGUGAGCACAAAGCAGUCAUCAUUCAGAAGUGGGUCCGGGGCUGGCUGGCUCGCACCCACUACAAGAAGACCAUGCAUGCCAUCAUUUACCUUCAGUGUUGCUUCCGGCGGAUGAUGGCCAAGCGCGAGCUGAAGAAGCUUAAGAUUGAGGCCCGCUCCGUAGAGCGCUAUAAGAAACUCCACAUCGGCAUGGAAAACAAGAUUAUGCAGCUGCAGCGCAAAGUUGAUGAGCAGAACAAAGACUACAAGUGCCUCAUGGAGAAAUUGACCAAUCUGGAAGGAAUAUACAACUCUGAGACUGAGAAACUACGUAGUGACUUAGAACGUCUUCAGCUAAGUGAGGAGGAAGCUAAGGUUGCCACUGGACGGGUACUCAGUCUACAGGAAGAAAUUGCCAAGCUCCGGAAAGACCUGGAACAAACUCGGUCAGAGAAAAAAUCCAUUGAGGAACGUGCAGAUAAAUACAAACAAGAAACUGAUCAGCUGGUAUUAAUUCUGAAGGAAGAAAAUACUUUGCUGAAGCAGGAAAAAGAGACCCUUAAUCAUCUUAUUGUGGAACAGGCUAAGGAGAUGACGGAGACUAUGGAGAAGAAGUUAGUAGAAGAAACAAAACAACUGGAACUCGAUCUUAAUGAUGAAAGGCUGAGAUAUCAGAACCUUCUGAAUGAGUUUAGUCGCUUGGAAGAACGAUAUGAUGACCUCAAGGAAGAGAUGACUCUGAUGUUGAAUGUGCCGAAGCCUGGACACAAGAGAACAGACUCCACCCACAGCAGCAAUGAGUCUGAAUACACUUUUAGCUCUGAAAUUGCAGAAGCUGAAGACAUUCCAUUGAGGGCAGAGGAGCCAAGUGAGAAGAAGGUACCUCUGGACAUGUCGUUGUUCCUCAAGCUCCAGAAGCGGGUCACGGAGCUGGAGCAGGAGAAGCAGAUUAUGCAGGAUGAGCUGGACCGCAAGGAGGAGCAGGUGCUCCGCAGCAAGGCAAAGGAAGAAGAACGACCACAAAUCAGAGGUGCAGAACUGGAAUAUGAAUCGCUCAAGCGUCAAGAACUAGAAUCAGAAAACAAAAAACUGAAAAAUGAGCUAAACGAGUUACGCAAGGCUCUUAGUGAGAAAAGUGCCCCAGAGGUGACUGCUCCAGGUGCACCAGCGUACCGUGUCCUCAUGGAGCAGCUGACUUCCGUGAGUGAGGAGCUUGACGUCCGCAAGGAGGAAGUCCUCAUCUUGAGGUCUCAGCUAGUGAGCCAGAAAGAGGCCAUCCAACCCAAAAAUACAAUGACAGAUUCCACAAUACUUUUGGAAGAUGUACAGAAAAUGAAAGAUAAAGGUGAAAUAGCACAAGCAUACAUUGGUUUGAAAGAAACAAACAGAUCAUCUGCUCUGGAUUUCCAUGAGCUGAAUGAGGAUGGAGAGCUGUGGCUGGUUUAUGAAGGGUUAAAACAAGCCAACAGGCUCCUGGAAUCCCAGCUCCAGUCUCAGAAGAGGAGCCAUGAGAACGAGGCAGAAGCCCUCCGCGGGGAGAUCCAGAGCCUGAAGGAAGAGAACAACCGGCAGCAGCAGCUGCUGGCCCAGAACCUGCAGCUGCCCCCGGAGGCCCGCAUCGAGGCCAGCCUGCAGCACGAGAUCACCCGGCUGACCAACGAAAACUUGUAUUUUGAGGAAUUAUAUGCAGAUGACCCUAAGAAGUAUCAAUCCUAUCGGAUUUCACUUUACAGACGGAUGAUUGAUUUGAUGGAACAACUUGAAAAACAAGAUAAGACUGUACGGAAACUGAAAAAACAACUGAAAGUAUUUGCCAAAAAAAUUGGUGAACUAGAAGUGGGCCAGAUGGAGAACAUAUCUCCAGGGCAGAUCAUUGACGAACCCAUCCGUCCAGUCAACAUUCCCAGGAAAGAGAAGGAUUUCCAAGGAAUGCUGGAGUACAAGAAGGAAGAUGAGCAAAAACUUGUUAAGAACCUAAUUCUGGAAUUGAAGCCACGUGGUGUAGCAGUCAAUUUGAUUCCAGGGUUACCAGCAUACAUCCUAUUUAUGUGUGUUCGCCAUGCUGACUACCUGAACGAUGAUCAAAAAGUGAGGUCAUUGCUAACGUCAACAAUUAACAGCAUCAAAAAAGUAUUAAAGAAAAGAGGUGAUGAUUUCGAAACUGUUUCCUUCUGGCUUUCCAACACUUGCCGAUUUUUGCACUGUUUGAAGCAGUACAGCGGAGAAGAGGGCUUUAUGAAACACAACACGGCUCGCCAGAACGAACACUGCCUCACCAAUUUUGACCUGGCUGAGUACCGGCAGGUGCUAAGUGACUUGGCCAUUCAGAUCUACCAGCAGCUGGUGCGGGUGUUAGAGAACAUCCUUCAGCCAAUGAUCGUCUCAGGCAUGCUGGAGCAUGAGACCAUUCAGGGUGUGUCCGGGGUGAAGCCCACAGGGCUACGGAAGCGGACCUCCAGCAUCGCUGACGAGGGCACCUACACACUGGACUCCAUCCUCCGGCAGCUCAACUCCUUCCACUCGGUCAUGUGUCAGCACGGCAUGGACCCCGAGCUGAUCAAGCAGGUGGUCAAGCAGAUGUUCUACAUCGUGGGGGCCAUCACGCUGAACAACCUCCUGCUGCGGAAGGACAUGUGCUCCUGGAGUAAAGGCAUGCAGAUCAGGUACAACGUCAGUCAACUGGAAGAAUGGCUGCGUGACAAGAAUCUGAUGAACAGUGGGGCUAAAGAAACCCUGGAACCUCUCAUUCAGGCUGCUCAGCUUUUGCAAGUGAAAAAGAAAACAGAUGACGACGCAGAAGCCAUUUGUUCCAUGUGCAAUGCUUUAACUACUGCCCAGAUUGUCAAAGUGUUGAAUUUGUAUACACCAGUUAAUGAGUUUGAAGAAAGAGUCUCUGUGUCGUUUAUUCGUACUAUACAGAUGCGUUUACGAGACAGGAAAGACUCUCCUCAGCUGCUUAUGGAUGCUAAGCACAUCUUCCCUGUCACCUUUCCUUUUAACCCAUCCUCCCUCGCGCUAGAAACCAUCCAGAUUCCAGCCAGCCUGGGCCUAGGGUUCAUAUCCCGAGUCUGAAAGUGAUGUCAAGGCAAACAGUGAAAAUACAUUUCUUGCCUGAAAUAAGAACCCAUUAUUUCCAGUGAGCUACUGAAAACACAUUUUUAAAGAAAAUGUAGUGAUUAUCUUCCAAACAAGAGGUUAUUAACUUGCAUCACCUCAGAAUGAAAGUUAGGCCCCUUUGUACUGUUAUCUUUAUAGCAACACUCAUCCUUGAUCGCUUAGGUCUCCUGAGGUCACAUGCAGGUGAGAGACAGAAGGAAUGGAAAAAUGUGUCUUCAGCUGCCAGCAAUUAUUUUAAAUCUUUAGCACUGCAUCUAAAUGGUAUAAAAAAAAACAUAAAUUCCAGAUAUGAGCUGUUGUUAGCAGGGUACCAACAGAGACCCUCCUCUGUGAUAAUCAGGAGAAAAAUGGCUAUUGAUUACAUAUCAUAUCAGUUUAGGAAUCGAUGUUGUCGAACUGGAUCAAAGAAAUGAACUGGCAAUAUGUAUAGUAGUUAAUCAAGUAACUUUCUUAUGUGUGUCAUUAUGAUGUAGAGAUGUAAAAAGAAUGCUGGUUUGCUAUGUAGCAUAGAAAUCCAUUUGUACUGUAGUUUCCUGAGCAUUUUAAAUUGCUGCUACAUACUGUGUUCUUUAAAAUGUAAGUGAUAUUCUUGUUAGGCACUACAAAAUAAGCUUUUCUUUUAUCAAUUCUGUUUACAAUUCAAUCAGAUCACAGUUUUAACUGGAUUAUGUGCAGAUAUCUACAGAUUCACAUGCACAAGUAGCGGACACUGGAAAGUCAUGUAGUAAUAAAAUGUUCGUUAUUUAGGAGUAGGAUUAGACAGAAUGGCAAUUGUUGAUGUCAUUAUUUUUUCAAGACGUAUUACACUGAUGUGCUCAUUAUUUUUCCCUGGGUGGAUGUCACAGCAGGGUACAGUGUUUUGUGAAGUGACUUAUUUUUAGUUCCCAGAUAUGAUUCCUACAGUGCAUAUAUUCAGCCUUGACAGGUUUUCUUUCUUCUUAAUUUAUUAAGAAUUCAUCUCAGUCACUAUCUAGAGAGCAUUGUCAGAAUAUUCAUGAUUCAGGUCUUAAAAACCUUGAUUAUACUAUAAAUUAUGCAAAAGAAGGUGUAUAAUAAAUAAUUAUGAUUCCAUUUUUUUAGGCUUUGCAGCUUCUGUACAUGUUCUAGUACUACUAGAUACUUUAAAGAGCAUCCAUCAUGUUAGAAAUACUUUGACUUAUAUAAGAAAUAUAAGAAGAUUGCUGAGUUUUACAGAGGAUUUGGCUCAAUAAGACCCAGAUUCUAUGUUUUCAUUCUCAAACUCCUAUUAAACAUCCUGUAUUUUUUCUUAGAUAUCUUAUACAAUAAAUCUUUCAGGUUGUGCAAAAGCAAAUUCAUUAGGAACUCUGGUUCUGCAUUACAAUCAUAGAUUUAUAUAAUUUAACUCCUAGAUGGUUUAUAAAAAUGACAUUUUAUUAAAAUAUGUGCAAUAUUAUUAAUGGAAUUCAGAUAAUUUCAAAACAAUGAUAAAGAUUGUUAUUAAAAUAUAAAUACUGUCUGUUAACUUAUUUGGGCCUCAAAUUCCUCUUUUAUACAAUAAGAGGGUUGGACAACUGAGUCUUAAGGUCCCUUCCAUGUCCGACAUUCUCUCCUUUCAGCGCUUGGUUCCUAGAGAAACAAGCUGCAGUUACUCAGUAAGUUUAUCCUCCAAUGCAAAGACCAGCGUUUGGUACCUGUUAGGUCUGAGGGAUUAAUAAAACGUAGUAUCACAAGUCUGUGUAGCUAUAACCUUCUUCAAUGUACAUGAUUGACGUCUGUGCUUUUAGAAAGUUAAUUCAUUGAGGUAAUUUUUAUUGAGUCACAUACUGCUGUAUUCAGUUUGUAUACAUUUACUUGCAAAACCAACCCAAACACUACUAAUUCAAUCAGGUUCUCAGUUCUGCCUGGUUUGUCAAUGUGGUUUUCAAUGUGAAUCAUAACCACUUGGUUAGUACUGACUGUGUCCUAGUUUAAGAGCAUAGAUGGGACUUGGGUGGGGAGAUGCUUAAAAAAAUGCCACCAUGGUGUACACUGCCCACCUCAGGCCCAGGCACCUCCCCUGGCCCUCCCAGCGUAGUGCCGUGGGACGUGUCCCACGCCACCCUCAAUCUUGUCAGGUCUUCAAGGUCACACUGGCGCUGCCGCUGCCAUUGCAGCUCUUUUUCUCACCCCCAGACAACUCACACACUGACAGGUCUCUGGUCUGGGCCUUUGUCUCUCCUCUGAGUGCAGUCUCUCUGCUGGAAAGUGCAGCAGCCUGUCCACUCCUGGGCCAGAGGCUCUCCUGCUCAGGGAUGGCCGCACAAAGAUUCUGCUGCUCCGGGGCCCAGCCUGCUCCAAGCUCUGCCCGGAACCCCAGGUGGGGGUCUGAAUUAACUUCUCUUAGCAGCCUCAAGAUCUUUAGUCAGAACCAGAGAACCCUGCCACCAGGGAACCCCACUGCCUGGAAGUGACUCUGUGUACUACUUACGGGUGCAGCAGUAUUCUGCUGACUCUGGGAAUCCUUUGGCCACUUUGAGGACUGCUCACCCUUCCUUCUGUCCAUCCACACUUUCUCUUGCAGCUUCCAACACACCUCCAGCAGCCUUUCACCUGCCCAUUUCCCUCAUGCAAACUCUGUGUCCCAUCACCAGCCCACUCGCCUGAUCUGGCUGCAUAGAACCGGUGGAUGGAGUCGGUCCUCAGCUGCUCCCCACCUGCCUGGUGGUUUACCUUCAGGCCAAUCUUUGUACACUGUCUUCUUUUUCUCACUUCUCUCUAGUACAUUCUUCAACAUUUUCACUAAGUUACUUUUUCAUAAUUCCUCUCUGACACACAAUAGGAAUUAAAAGAAAUAUCUUGAAACAACAGCAGCUCAUUGUCUUAAUUGCCCCUUCUGAAUACUCUCCUCCCCACUCACCUUACCUACAGGUUCAGCUCCCACCUUGGAAUACGAAGUUGAAAAAUUAAAAGCAGCUUCCCUUAUUUGCUUUUCUUCGAUUCAGGCUUUGAUCUGCCUGAGAGUUAACUAUGAAGAUGGGGGUGAUGGAUAUGGAUAAAAUCCACGAAUGUGGCUUCACAGUUCCUUUGGAAGUUUUGAAAAAUCCCCACAUACCUGACACUUGUUUUGUAGGAGCAAAAGUACACAUGUAUAUAUUUCA